CAACCGCUUGGCCUAGUUUUCAAGUCAGACUUUGGUCUUGAUGUCGUGUGACCAAAACUCUCUGUUAUGUGAACAGAAUUCUCAUUCCAACUGCAAACUUGAUCUUUUUCGACACACGAUCGAAUUUACACGAGAUGUUACACAACAUAUUUUUGCUUUUUGUGGGUCUGCUGUCAUUGGAACACGUGUCCUUUGCAGAGGUUCCUUCUUCACAAAUAGUAAAUAUCACAGAAACAAGAGAGUAUGCUGAGAGGAUGCAGAACUUCACCAGGACAAAUUUUGAGCACUUGGUGAAAGUGAGGAACAGAUCCAUGUAUGUUGUAAGGAGCUGUAAAGAGCUCAGGGACAGAUAUGAUGAACGAGAAGAUGGAGUAUACUACCUGACUACAGGUAAUGGCAUGCUGUACCAGACUUACUGUGAUAUGACUACUGCGGGAGGUGGAUGGACGCUGGUGGCAAGCGUCCAUGAAAACAGCGUUUAUGGGAGGUGCACUGUGGGUGAUCGCUGGUCCAGCCAGCAGGGAAACAAUGCUGACCUGCCGGAUGGAGACGGGAACUGGUCCAACAGAAACACCUUUGGAACAGUAGAGAGCGCCACUUCUGAUGACUUUAAGAAUCCAGGUUACUACGAUAUAACAGCUGAGGACAUGUCUGUGUGGCACAUUCCCAACAACUUGCCGCUGGAAUUCUGGAACAUGGAAGCUGCAGCCGUCCUCCGCUACCACACUGGAAACCGCUUCCUCAGACUGUAUGGAGGAAAUCUCUUUCAGCUCUUCAAGCAAUAUCCAGUGAGAUACAAUGUUGGGUCAUGCGGUGACAGAGGGCCAGCUAUUCCCAUCGUAUACGACCACGGGGAUAAGGAGUCCACCAGAAUGUUGUAUGGACCCAGUUCAAGAAGGGAGUUUGAACCAGGCUUCAUCACAUUCAGAGCAAUAAACUAUGAACGUGCCGCCAUGGCUAUCUGCUCCGGUGUCAAGCCAACUGUUGGUUACAACACUGAACAUUACUGUAUAGGAGGAGGAGGAUAUUUCCACCCUGACCAGUGUGGGGACUUCCCAUCAUUUGACUACGACAGACUGGGCAGGGAGCAAGGCUGGAGCGCCUCCAGAGAGAUGACCGAGGCUGCUGUCUUACUGUUUUACCGCUGAGAGGAUUUGUGUACAUGUAGCCUCGACUAUAGUCUGUUCAGCUGUCCCAGCUGUAACCAGAUCAGGUGAAAUCAGGCUCAUUUUACAAUGUUUAUUAACCACAUGGUUUCUGUAUAUCAGAAACCAAAUGGAAAUUAAGAGAUAAUUAAAAGAGUGAUUUUGAAAUUUAACCCACCACCAGAUGGUACUAUGAAUUGUCUAUUCAAAUAAAACAUUAUUGUAAAUCA